AUUAUUUUUGCCAUCUUCUCAUCAACAACAAUAAUUUCAUCUGCCCGACUUCGUCUCAUCAACUAAAGGAGUCAUUUUUGCAGCAACAAUCAAAGCAAUUUUCAAAUCACAAUCAUAAUCUCAAUAUCUCCCCUUCAAUUUCUCACUCUCAAAACCCUAUCGCAAAUAUGUCAUAUGGAGGUGGAUAUGGUGGUGGCCGUGGUGGCGGUAAUGGGUAUGGAAAUGGAGAUUCCUCAUAUGGCAGAGGCAACUCUUACUCCAAUGGAUAUUCAAAUGGGUAUGCAAAAGCCUACGAGUCUAGAAAUUGUUGAUAAGUUUUCGCGCAUCGCGUUGCAUUGUGUUGAGUGUGUGCGAGAUAAGGCUAAGGCUAGCGUUCGCUUUGAACCUGAAGCCUAAUUUCUCAUCACAAUCACAAUGUAGCACCAUCUCCCUUUUCUUGAUUUUAAUUCUCAUGUGAAUACUUACUGACGUGCAAUUUGUAGUGGAUCAAAUGGAUACUCUGGAGGCGGUGGAGGUGGCUACGGAGGUGGUAGAGGUAGGAAAACCGAAUUAUCAUCUAUUCGCAAUCAUUGCUAACAAUUCUCACAGGCGGCGGCGGUGGCGGUGGAAACGUAAAUGGCUACUCCGGAGGUGGUGGCGGCGGCUACGGAGGAGGCGGUGGAUAUGGUGGUGGUGGUGCUGGUGGAGAUCGCAUGAACAACCUUGGUGCUAACCUUCAAAAGCAAAACUGGGGUGAGUUUUGAAAAGCUGCUAAUGACCAAAUAUCACGAUAGAAUGCUAACUUCCAUACGCAGAUCUCAACACCAUGCCAAAGUUCGAGAAAUCCUUCUACAAGGAGGACCCCGUUGUCGCUGCUCGUUCAGAGGAAGAUGUUGCCAAAUUCAGAGCUCAACACAACAUUGCCGUUCAAGGUCCAAAUAUUCCAAAACCUGUCGAGACCUUCGACGAGGCCGGAUUCCCUGCAUACGUCAUGACCGAAGUCAAGGCUCAAGGUUUCCCAGCACCUACUCCAAUUCAAUCCCAAGGAUGGCCUAUGGCUUUAUCCGGACGUGAUGUUGUCGGUAUUGCCGAAACCGGUUCCGGAAAGACUCUCACCUACUGUCUCCCAGCAAUUGUUCACAUCAACGCACAACCACUUCUCGCUCCUGGGGACGGCCCAAUCGUUUUGGUCCUUGCACCUACCCGUGAGUUGGCUGUCCAAAUUCAACAAGAAAUCACCAAAUUCGGAAAAUCUUCCCGCAUUCGCAACACUUGUGUUUACGGAGGUGUUCCUAAGGGUGGUCAAAUUCGUGAUCUCGCCAAGGGUGUUGAGGUCUGUAUUGCUACUCCAGGUCGUCUCAUUGAUAUGAUCGAGUCUGGAAAGACGAACCUUCGUCGUGUUACAUACCUUGUUCUUGACGAGGCUGAUCGUAUGUUGGAUAUGGGUUUUGAACCACAGAUCCGUAAGAUUCUUGGACAGAUCAGACCAGACAGACAAACCUGCAUGUGGUCUGCUACUUGGCCAAAGGAAGUUAGAGCACUCGCCUCUGAUUACUUGAAUGAUUUCAUUCAGGUCAACAUUGGUUCAUUGGAGCUCUCCGCUAACCACAGAAUUACUCAAGUCGUCGAAGUUGUUUCCGAAUUCGAGAAACGCGAUAAGAUGACCAAGCACUUGGAAAAAAUUAUGGAAGACAAGGAUAACAAGAUUCUGAUCUUCACAGGAACCAAACGUGUCGCUGACGACAUCACACGCUUCCUCAGACAAGAUGGAUGGCCGGCGCUUUGUGAGUACUAUUGGCAACAUCUAUAUGAAAUAUUACUAACAACUUUUAGCCAUUCACGGUGAUAAACAACAAAAUGAGCGUGAUUGGGUAUUGAAUGAAUUUAAGACUGGCAAGAGUCCGAUCAUGGUUGCUACUGAUGUAGCUUCGCGUGGUAUUGGUAUGAUUGAAACCCCCUCCCCCCUCACAGCAACGCCCAGUAGCCUAUAUAGUAGUGCUUUACUCUCGACGCUCCGGUGCUUCCUAGAUUGCGUUAUAUUGCCCGGGCUCUAUCGUGUCUUACGGUUCUCUAAUUUUAGGGUGUCUUGGAUCCUUAGUGUAGCAUGACCGUGCUGCGCUCGUAAUUCCAAACUCGACAGUACUUUAACAGGUACCAGAUAUGGAAUUGGCAUCUCUUGACUUGAUCAAGCUGUCUCCAAGACUCCCAUCCCCUGAGAGCCUGGAUGUGUGGAUCACCUACCCUGGCAUAAGCCGCAUUGGACAGUUUCAUGCCAGUCGCCGAGAGAGUAUUGGAUGCAUUCAAUGCAGCUUCUCAUUAGCCGCCCUGGACCGUUGCUAUACCAAUUCUUCCUGUUCUUGCUAACCCAUCAAUAAAGAUGUCCGAAACAUUACUCAUGUGUUCAACUAUGACUACCCUAACAAUUCGGAGGAUUAUAUCCAUCGUAUUGGUCGUACAGGUCGUGCUGGACAGAAGGGAACCGCAAUCACUCUCUUCACCACUGACAGUAUGUCUCUUAUUCGCUUUGAAGUUUACAUCAGCUAACGAAAUGAUUUAGAUCAAAAGCAGGCUCGUGAUCUCGUGAACGUUCUUACUGAAGCUAAGCAGGUCAUUGAUCCUCGCCUUGCUGAGAUGACCAGAUUUGGAGGUGGUGGCGGUGGUAGAGGAUAUGGUGGACGUGGUUACGGCGGUGGCCGUGGACGUGGUGGCGGUGGUAAGUUAUUCUAAACUCCUUCACCUUCACAUUCUCUCUUGUUCCAUCAAAAGAUGGGACUAACAGAGCCGCUGGUAGGCAAUUUUUCAUCUUCUAACGCUGCUCCUUUAGGUGGAGGCAGACGUUGGUAAGAUGUCCAAUCCCGUUCGAUCGAACCGGAGUCUCGACAAUGACGACCCUCGGUAACCGACAUCACUGACUACGACGAAAUCACGUACAUUCAUCCCAUGGUCGUUCCGGCGUUUGGUUGUCUUUUCUAAAAGGGUUUGGGGGGUAGAAUUGCCUUUUAUGAUUUCUGCGUACCCUUUCAAAACCUCUUCUGUAAUCUGAUUCCUCUUUUUCUUUCUAUCGUAUCAAAAAUUGGGUGGCAUUACCAUGAAUUAGACUGAGGAGUGAAGUUGGGCGGAAAGUAUUAUAGAUUGCUUCACAUUCCUGGGUUCAUCUAUUGAAAGAUGAAGGCCAUGGUUUGUAUGUGCUUUUAUCCUGCGUUCUUUUUCAUCAAAUAGAUUGCUCUCUGUAGCUAGUUUUAACUAGGCACAUCUCGUAUUAGAUGAGAAAUAGUGUUCAAAAUAUGAGAUCGCUUUCUACUGAAUCAUUGGUUUCUUAAUUAUAAUACU